AUGACAUCAACCACCACUACAAUCACGGAGCGUGUACAAGCCUCGAAUUUCGCCCCUCAAUACCGGGAGCUUAGCCCAGGCUUUGGGCUUGAGUUGACCGGAUGCGAUUUUAGUCAAGGGGUGCCCAAGAGCAUGUCUUUUCAAAUCAAGGACUUAGUGGUGAAAUAUGGUGUUGUUGUCAUUCGCAAAACAAAUUUGACAGACGAAACCCAUCUUGAGCUGGCUCGAAUGUUCGGGGCGCUUGACGAUAUCAAGCCCUACCUGAAGGCAGGCCGACCGAACCGCCUCAGAUACGAUGAGCUCUUUGACGUCAGCAAUGUUGAGUUGGACGGCUCUAUCCUUGAUCCGAUGAGCCCUCGCGCUCAAGCCAACAAGGGCAACAGCUUCUUCCACGUCGAUUCCAGUUUCAAUCCUCGCCGGGCGGGAUAUUCUCUCUUAAUAGCACAUGAGCUGCCCCCUCGUGGAACAGGCGGCAGCACCGAGUUUGCGGACACGCGAGCGGCGUGGGAUGACCUUGCAGAGGCGAAGAAAAGUGCGCUGCUCGAAGCAGAUUACAUUGCAUGCCACUCUAUUCUGCAUUCGAAAAAGCUUGCGGCCCCAGAGCACUUCGCAGAUAUAGAGCCUGCUGAUUAUCCUAUGGGUCGUCACAAACUAGCUCAGAGGCAUGAGGCCUCAGGUAGAAUGAAUCUUUACCUUGCGGCUCACAUUCACCACAUCGAGGGGAUAAGCUCCGAGGAGUCCAAGGCCUUGUUUGAUGAGCUCUUCAGCCAUGCUACCCAAGAGAAAUAUAGGAUUACUGUAGACUGGGAUAAUAUUGGAGACUUGGUCAUCUGGGAUAAUACAUCCACCAUGCACAGAGCCAUGGGUGGAGAAUUUGCCAACAAGUAUCGGCGAGAUAUGAGGCGCGCUACGGUUCAUGAUGAUAGUACUCAGGCGUGGGGUCUUAACGAGCACACUGACGUCCGUCAAGGCCUGCCUUGA